AUGUCCAAACUCACACUCUCUCUACUUUCUCUACUCACCCUCGCUCUGGCAUCUCCCAUCGCCACUCCCACCGAACCCGUAGAAGUUUCUAUCCGUCGUACCCUCCCCCUUGGAACUGCCAUCGGCGGCGCCCUAGAUCUCCCCCCUGAAGCAACGGCCGGUCCCUCCCCAGAAGAUGUUGAAGCCGCCGUCGCGAAGCUCAUGACCGUAACCGUCAUCAACAAGUACGGCAAGGAAGUUUCGACAAUCCAUGUUGAUGCCCGGGGCGCACCGAAACCUGUCUCGGGGAACACGAAACCCGGUAAAAUGAAGAACGGUGACAAGAGCGUGUUUGUCGUCAAGGAGGGGUGGAGUGGCAACGUUGCUGUCAAUGAUGCGAAAUUCUCUGAUACCACCGGUGAUGAGUCUCUCAUUGAGGCUAGUUUUAUGAAACAGUUUGGCAAGGUCCAGGGCGACAUUAACAUAAGCUACGUAAACGGCUUUUCACUUCCUCUUGUAUGCUGGUGCAACGAGAACAAAAUCACCGUCGGUUGCAACAAGGACCUCAAUGCCCUGCAUAAGUGCCCUAAUCGCAAUGGUCAAAACUCGUGCAAGAAUCCUCAUCGCGGUGGUCCCGACACUGCCACCGAAUUCUUCAAGCCGUGCCACGGCUACGCAGGGCCCUACGUCUAUCCCAACGACAGUAAUGCCAAUCAACUUAAUGGGAAGUGUCCCAAGGAGCAGUAUACUUGCUGUAUUGGAAAGGCGUGUCCUGCGAAUCCUGCCCAGGCACACUGGUAA